CUUCAGAGUGGAGUUCUGACUCCAAAAGUUUACAAAGUAUAACUAGUCAGAGUGAAGAUAUAAAACCUUUAAUGAUUUGUGAGGAGGAACCAAAAUUGUCUACUUCUGUUAUUAAAGAGUUUGAAAAUGAUGAACUUGACGGUAAAUUGAAUAUUUGUGAUAAUGAUCAUGAUAGUGCAGAUUUGUCUUUGGUUGAUCAUUAUGAGAUGAGGGAUAUGCCUACUACUGCUAAGUUAAAUAAAGGUUCUGUACAACUACAACGUGAAGUAGAAUUGAACGCAGAUGCAGUUCCAGAAGGUGUGCAUACUUGUGAGACAGUCAGUGUAAUUGAUCAGCGUGUAGCCCACCUAUCAUCAGAUGAUAGUGCUAAACCCGAACUAGUAGUGAAAGACAGCAGUGGUGGUAAUCUUGCAGUUGGACAACUAUCUGAGAGCCGAACAAGAACAGCUUCUGAUCCACCACUAAGUUCAUCACCUUGUGUCACUCAGUCAUCGUUGGUGUUUUCAUCCACAAUGAAACAGAUGCCCAUCAACUCAAGUAUCUUGUGCAAUGACUAUGGUAGUAUCAGUUCGUUUGAAAGGACGAAUAUCAAUGGUCAGUUUAGUGUGGAUAAGCCAAGUGUAAAGGAGAGAGUUAUUGUUAAAUUGACUUGCACGAAUAAAGGCAUUUCUAGUUUCAAGUUACUAUUUGAAUGUUAUUAUCUUUGGUGUAAAUUACUCUGUUUCUAUACUUGGUUGAUGAGAUAUGUCGUGUGUUUGUUGGUCAUCUAUAUUCUACGAUACAAUGACAUGGGCGUGUUGCCGUUCAGAUUUGAGGAUAUAGCUGAUAGAAGGAAGUUAGCAAAUGAACUCUGCGACGAUUUUCCAACCUAGGGCGUCAACCUGAGAAGGGUUGUAGGCGUACUGGUGUAAGUCCUACAGUUCUUCA